AUGGACCAGAAGCGGCCGCAGCAGGUUGGUGCGACAGCCUCCAUGGAGCCUACAGCCUACAGGUACCGAGAGGUGCACAUCCUACUACAUCCUACAGGUCCAUACCGGAAAGCUGUAGAUCCACUCAGCACUAGAAAAUUUACUGGCAAUAAUUACCUCAGUAGAUACAGAACAAUUUCUGGCGCUGCUGAUGCUGCUGCCACUGCUGCAUGUCAAAAGCCUCCGAAAUGCCACCAGACGCAUGGAAACAAUAACGGAAAUAGAAAAUACCAGUAUUCAAGUGCCUGGGUUUUCCAAGGAUCCGAUCAUGAUUCGGUCCACUGGCCCCGGCCUCCUGGGUUGAAUUCAUCCGUUUGGACAGCUAUCGUCGUCACCAUCUUACUUAGGCGCAGCGCCGCAGGAUCUGCUGGACUAAGCAAAAAUACAAACUCUCUGAAAGUUCCGGGCCGGCCCAGAAGCAGCAGUAGUCUUCUACCUUCUGAUGCACCGAAUCCCAAUGGCCAACAGUUCCAGCCGAACCUCAAGGGUAGCAGUUUGUUCGGCACUACUCCGUGA